AUGGAGAAUGUGGAGAUUGCGAUAGAUGGGAAAAAGGGAGACAGCAAUCGGGAGAGGAGAGAAGAGGACGAGGCAGAGUGUGUGUCGGGCCCACCCCAGGCCCCCCACGCCCACCCCACGCCCCCCACGCCCACCCCAGGCCCCCCACGCCCACCCCACGCCCACCCCAGGCCCCCCACGCCCACCCCAGGCCCCCCACGCCCACCCCAGGCCCCCCACGCCCACCCCACGCCCCCACGCCCACCCCAGGCCCCCCACGCCCACCCCAGGCCCCCCACGCCCACCCCACGCCCCCCACGCCCAUCCCACGCCCCCCACGCCCACCCCACGCCCCCCACGCCCACGCCCUCAGGUGGCGCUCUCAGUGGCGCUCUCAGUGGCGCUCUCAGUGGCGCUCUCAGUGGCGCUCUCAGUGGUGCUCUCAGUGGUGCUCUCAGUGGCGCUCUCAGUGGUGCUCUCAGUGGCGCUCUCAGUGGCGCUCUCAGUGGCGCUCUCAGUGGUGCUCUCAGUGGUGCUGAGGUUAAAGAUAUUCCACUGAAGAUUGAAGUGGCUCCAACAGACUUGCCAUUCCAAAUUGCAGUUGAACGUUAUUGA